AUGGAUUUCAAUGCUAUUAUUAGAGACCAGGGACCUCAUGAUCCUAGCCUUCUUCACUUACAGGCCACUCAUAGGUCUCGUUCUGUCUGGAGAACUGGUGUUGCGCCCUUGCAGUAUUUCAGACGUCGUGAUGCCAACCAGUCUGAUUUGAACAUUGAUGUUCGAUUGAUCCCCAUUCUGCAGGCAGCCGGUUUUUAUGGGGUAGCUCGGGUAUCCACUCUUCAGCUUGAUUGGAGUUUGCUUGGUGCUCUGGUAGAGAGAUGGCGACCAGAGACACAUUCAUUCCACCUGCCGAUGGGAGAGUGUACUAUUACACUGCAGGAUGUUGGUGUCUUGCUCGGGUUACCCAUUGACGGAGAGCCCGUUAUGUGUCCUGUAGGCCCUCCACCUGGACAGAGAUGGGAGACCAUCGUUGGUGAGAUAUUUGGACAGAUUCCUCCACCCGAGGCUUUCAAUAACUCGAGGCUACGGCUCACAUGGGUAGAGAGUCUCACUCCAGCGAGAUUACAUGAUGAUGCAGGCGUUGAGGAGAUCAGGCUUCACGCCAGGUGUUACUUGCUACAGUUGUUUGGGGGGUCACUGUUCACCGACCAUUCUGGUGGACUUAUACACUCCUCGUGGGUUCAUUUUGUUCGUGACCUGGAGGCGCUCGGAGGCUAUGCAUGA